CAAAGUAGGGUUUUACUUUUAAGUGAUGUCGUCAAAAGGUACAAAAACUCAAUCAAUCCACGAAAUAUCGAUUGUUAAAGCGAGGAAAUCAAAUUAGGGUUUAUCCGAUUUCGAGAGAUUCAAAAGGUUUAAUGGGAAUCGUUGCUUCCAAGGGAGAUAGUAAUACUCCAUUGUUGAAUCUAUGUAAGGAGAGGAAGGAAUUGAUCAGAGCAGCUAGAGAUGGUCGUUAUCACUUAGCGAAAUCUCAUCUUCUUUACUUUAAGUCUCUUUUAGAUUUUAGCAAAGCUCUUAAUCAGUUUGUUCAUAAGGAUUUGGUUGUGAUUCCGUAUUCGGAUGAUGAUUCGUCUAGUAGUGAUAUAAUUUGUUCUGGAUCAGAUUCAGACUCGGAUAUGGAUUCUGAUUCGGAUUCUGAUUCUGAUUGUUUAGUGUGUGAUCAAUCUCAAACAGCUCCGUUGAGCAACAAUGAGGAUCAGAAUCCGCAAAAAACCGUGGUUGGAGAUGGAACUUGCGGUUCAAGUAACAAUGGUCAAGAGGGUAUGGAGAAGUCAAGAGAAGAUUUAGGGUUUGAGUGGAAACAGUUCGUUAGUGAUCCAAGUGAAGAUGAUUCGCAAAACUUUUCUUCUGUUGAACAGAACACUUUUGCGAAUGGUGAUAUACUCGGUUUGUACGGUCCCGUGUAUAACACGCAGCAGUGCGAAUUUAUCAAACCGGAUCAAAGAGAUGAUGAGGUUGAGAGUGAUGGAUUUAGACAAGUUAGGGAGAGAGAAGGGAUUCCUGAUUUGGAACCUGAAAGUGAUCAUAAUAGUCUCAUAAGGAAGAAUCAAAAGAAGACGAAGAAGAAGAAGAAGGUUGCAAGUGAAUUUGAUAAGCAAGAUGUUGAAGCAAACACUUGUAAUGGUGCAGAUGAGACUGAUAAUUCUAGUGGAGCUUGCGCGCAAGAGACAGAAAAAACUCCAGAGAUUGUUACUGAAGAAGUGACAAGAUCAGAUGAGGAAGUUGAAGAAGUGACAAGAUCAGAUGAGGAAGUUUCUGAUGAAGCGUAUGAGUCUUCUUCUUCUUGUUUUUCGGAGUCUUCUGGUUCGGGUUUGACUGAUUUAAGGAAUGUUGUAGAAAGGAUCAAUCGUAUAUGCGAGAAAGCUGUGGAUAAUAGUGAAGUCUCUGAGUUGCUUGAAGUAAGCAGAGUUGUUCAUCAUCAACCUUUAGGAUCUCAAUUCAAGGGAUUUGCUUCAAGGGUACUUGGUAGUUCCGGGAAUUCGACUCGUGAUUUGAUUUUAAAGCGCCGUUUUCGCUUAGAUGAUCUCGCUGUUUCACUCUCUAUGACAUUAGAGAAGCUUUAUAUGUGGGAAAAGAAGCUUCACGCAGAAGUUACAGUAGAAGAAAAGCUUAGGGUUUCUUAUGAUAAAGCGUACAAGAUUCUGAACAAUCUUGAUCAAAACGGAGCAGAAUCGAGCGAGAUUUACGAGGCGGAAACUGUGGUUAAACUCUAUUUAUCUAAGAUUAAUGUUUCGGUUCGAGCGGUUGAAUCGAUUUCCAUGAGAAUUCAUAAGAUAAGAGACGAAGAGCUUUCGUUUCAGGUGAUUGAGAUCAUUAAGGGAUUCAAAAAAAUGUGGAGAUUCUUGGCCAAAUGUCACCAUAAGCAGUUUCGAGUGAUUGCAAGAAGCAAGUCUUGUGUUCACAUUGUUGAAAAUGGAUCGAGCUCGAGGAAAGCUACGCAGCAAGUAGAAAAACAGAUUAGAAGAUACAGAGAGUCUUUGAAAGGUUACAUUGAUGCUCAGAGAGGUUUCGUUAAGCUCUUAAACGAAUGGCUUAACCGAAACAUCAUGGAGGACGAUGAAACCGAGAUCGAAGCUCCUGAGAUAUUUAGGGUUUGCAGCGAGUGGUUAAGAGAGAUUGAGAAUGUGGAAGAGAUUAAAGUGUUGAGUGCUGUUGAAGAAAUGAGAUUAAGAUUUCGAGGGUUAGGGUUUAAGCAAGUAGAGGAAGAGAAACAGAGGAUGAGAACAGAGAGAUUGUCUAAGGAGUUAGAGAAGAAGACGAAGGAGUUGGAGGAGAUCCGGGGAACGGCGCAUGGUUCUGGUCCGACGGUGAAUUUGAUGGUGGGACCGGAGUUGUUGUUUUUGAGAGAGAGUGUGACGCAAGAAACAGAAAAGCAUGAGAGAGUGAUAAGAGAGCUAAACGACGCCGUAUCGAUGAGUAUGCAAGAGUGUUUGCUGAGUGUUAUCAUUGAUGUUGCCGGAGAGGAAGCUUAUCAUCUCCAGCCGAGAUUGUUCGCGUUGUCGCAGAGACCAGUGUACCCAUCUUCUAAGCCAGCAAAAGAUUGGGACAAGCUGGAAGCUGAAGUGAAGAAACAGGAGAAGGAUGAGAAGCUUGAUGGAGAUGCGGCUAUGAACAAAUUUUUCAGCGAUAUAUACUCAAGUGCAGAUGAGGACAUGAGUCGAGCUAUGAACAAAUCAUUUGCUCAAUCAAACGGGACGGUACUGUCGACAAAUUGGAAAGAAGUUGGGACUAAGAAAGUGGAGAGAACAAUGGAUAUGGAACUCAAGAAGUGGGAAUACUGAUCUUCUUAAAAUCCUCUUUUUGGUUUUUGUCAAAAAUAUGACAAAUCUUUUGAACUUUUUAUGUUUCUUUUGUUUUUUGCUUGAAUUUGUCUCUCCAUUCUUGCGUUGUGGUCUUAAAGAACGUUCUGAUACUUUGAUUUUGUAUUAGAAAACUAAAAUCACAAAUCUGUUGUUUUUGCACUUUCUUCUUUUUCAAAUCAAGUCUUUUAAGUCGU